AUGGACUUGUCCCCACAGCCCGACUUUCCUGGUUACCGGUUGAACGCCGAUCUUGCUUCCACGGAUUUUGAGACCGACGGCCGCCACCUGUACCGGGGCUACCGGCCGUCCAUCGACCUGGCCAUCCGACCGCGUAAUGUCAAGGGCACUACUUGCACCGUCAUCAAAACGCAGCGACGACGGAUCAUGUGCGUGCGACCACCGUCGUCCCCCGCUGACGGAGACGUGCGUGAAAUCUACGUCGGCCCCAAAUUAGGGCGUAGUGUCAAGAAGAACAACAACACUAACCAGUGUUUCGUUGGGCGUGUUCGAAGUGCUCCUGCUGAUCGUCGGUAUCCUCACCAGCGUGCCCUUCAUGUCGUUGCUGGCCGCUGUGGUUUACGUGGUGCGGAACAACAAAUGUGA